CGUUGCCUUCCUGUGGGAUGGGAAGAAUUGGUAAAUUGCAAAAACCCCUUUCUUUACAUGACUGUAUUGCAUUGUUAAAAAAAUAUCUAAAGUUGGAUCAUAUUCGGUUUGCUCAAGGAGUUUCACACACUCUAGAUUCUCAAGUAUCUUCUGUAGCUGUUUGUGCUGGGUCAGGUUCAAGUAUACUGAAAGAUGUUGAUGCUGAUCUUUAUAUAACAGGAGAAAUGUCGCAUCAUGAAUUACUUCAUGCAAAUCAUAGGAAUGUGAGUGUGAUACUUUGUGAACAUAGCAAUACAGAAAGAGGAUAUUUAAAAAAGCUCAUCAGUGACUUGUCAUCUAAAUUACCGAAUGUUAAUUUAGUAAUGUCUUCUAUGGAUAAAGAUCCUGUUACAAUACUGUAAACUUAGAAUUAUUUUUUGGAAAUGCCAUUUCAUUAAAAAAAAAUUUUAAUGACAUUUUUGUGAAGAUGAGCUAAAUUCCUGUGUGGAUCUUCUCAUCAUUUACUUGCAGGGCCAUAUUCAGCAUCCUUCCAGGGAUCCCAAAAAGCUCCCUUGAAAAGGAAAAUCAAGAUUACAUGUAAUCUCAUAAGAGGAUUUUAAGUGCUAGGUAGUAAUUGCAUUGUUCUUUAUUGUAAUGGAAUGUUAAUUAAAAAGAAAAUUUAAUAAAAAAUGUAUCUGAAUUA